GUCUUUCACGUCACUCAGCGCAGAAACGCUUGGCCUUUGUUUGUCACAGUUUCAGUGGAUUGCAGGCGACCUGCUGGAAGGUCGCUACCUAAAUUCAACAAAAAAUGUCCUCGCCUCCGACGGAUUACAGUUAUCAAAAACUGGAGGAAAAGUGCACGGCUGUCGAAAAGAGAAAGUGGCACAUCGUUACGCUCUUGUUGGGAUCUACAGCCAUUGCAGAAAUGUGUGUCACUUGCUACUUUUUCUGUUACUUCACUGAUCAGAUUGACCAGAUGCAACAGAAAUUAAAUUCUGAUAACUAUCCAGAACGAUGUCUCCAGUACCUGAAUUCCUACAUUGAUAAUUUAAGAGAUAAUGACGUGACCAUUGAAGAUUUUAUGUGUGACAGAUGGAUCAAGAAUGUUAACUUUCUGAUCAACCAGCGUCUGCAAUCUGAUGUGAGGAACUUAAUAUACAAGGAAUUGAAAGCACACAAUGUAACAUCCCUGGGUCCUGAAAAACCAGCUAUCCAUUUAACUGGACAGCACAGAAACAAGCCUCUAAAAAAUGUGCCACCUUAUUUUGCUCAUGGAGAUGGACAGGAUAUCCUCUACUGGAACAACGUAAAAGGAUAUGCAGUGCAUCAAAGUGGUAUAAAAUACCAUCAUGGAGAAAUUACCAUCCCAAGAAACGGUAUCUACUACAUCUACUCCCAAGUUUAUUUCUGGCAUAUACCGGAACCAGAUGGAGAAGAUCAACAGUACAAUCUGUUUCUGCAGUAUCUUUACAAGAAGUCCAUGAAUUAUUACAAUCCUAUUAUUCUAACAAAAGCUAUUUCCACAAAAUGUUGGUCAAAAGAGUCCACGUUUGAUGCAUAUACAAGUUUUCAAGGAGCCCUCUUUGAACUGCAGCAAGGGGACAAACUAUUCAUAAAAGUAACAAAUGCUAGUGCUGUAGAUGUUAAUGAGGGGGCAACAUACUUUGGUGCUUUCAUGAUUUUUUAGAAUUAACAAAUAAACCAGUGAUCACAUCAGUUUAAACUGAAAUUUUAUAGAACAAUAACUGACGUUAAAUUCAAUUACAUUUUGAGUCAGGUCCAUCAUAUCCCUGAAUACAUGGUUACAGCCUCAGAAUCAGGAAAAAGAAAGAUACAACUUAAAGGAAUUAUUGUCCGACUGUAAGAUUUCCCUUUAUGUUUGUAUAAGAACAGGAAAUUUAGGGACAUGGGAAUUGUGGGUAAAUGAGGUUAGGGCUUAAUUGCUGGUAAAAUGAUCAUUGUGAUUAUAAAGAAUACAGAGUUUGAUUUCAAAUGCACAGAGAAGAAAAAAUGCUGUGUUAAGCACAGAAUCCGAGUCAUAUAUAAUGGAUACAUCUAAACCCAACAAAAUGCAUGGGCUGAGUCAACUGAUUUAUUGUCAAACAAUGGAGAAACCCUUGAGUUUAUAAAUUAACCAGCAAAUUGUGAAUUUUAGAAGUGAACUGUAAGUGAGAUAGCACCCAAAAGGGGAAUGUGGGUUGAUAAUUGUUUUAAAAUCUUUUCCCAGGUUGUGCAUUAUCAGAAGUUCUUCUUUCAUUUAGUGACCUACAGUUAGCUGCAUAUUUAUAUUAACAAAAACAAAAGACAAUUUUUAUAAAUUGUAUUAGCAGUUAGAAUUUUAGCUGAGGUCUUUAUCUUGAAUCUUGCUUUAGACAGUGCCCAUGUGAGCUUAUAGCUUAGAAAUCAUGUUUUUCAGUCCAAAAAAAAGAGACAAAAUUUGAAUACAAUUGCACAGGAUCCAUGACUACAAAAAACAUCACAUUGGUAUAUGUCUCAUUAGGAGAAGAUUUCUCUCAGGUGUUUUGGCUUUGGGUUGUGAUGUUUUGCUUUAUUGUGCUCCACUGUGAACUGGUAAAAUAGGAAUCUUAAUUGUUCAGUUUGCCACAUGGCACAGUCUCAGGGAGAGAAUGAUCAUACUUCUCUCUCUAUGAGGAAGAAUACAAAUAUUGAGGCAAGAUGCCUGCAGGCUGGGAUCACAUGCUUCUCAGUGGCUGACUUGAGAAUAGUGUUAAAGCUGCUUAAAAGCAAGCACAUAUCUUCAGGAUGAUGUUGCUGCCAAAUAAAAUAUGUUUGCUCAACUA